UUGGCCCAGCCCUUCUUUUGUGCACGCUACUCCAUUUUCCUGAUGUUAUUCAUUGCCACCAUGAUAAGGUAUUUACCAGCUUUAUUCACUGUCUUUUUUGCUGGCUUUUAACUCCCCUCUCUCUGCCUUUCAGAAUCGGCAGUCGCGACUGUUCAGUGUCUCUCUUUUGCCUUUUUAAAUGCUGUUCCUUAGCGUUCAAUCUAACGCGGUCAUUCCCUUUUAAAAUCUUCCUUGUCUUAUUGAUGAUUCUAUCGCAGUCCUUCUUUAGGACACCCCAGUUUUCAUCAGAGAAAUGUUUGAAGGUACUAUACACCAUUUGAAUGGCAAUGUCUGUCGACUUUGGGGGGAGGGAGCCCCCCUCAAAUAUUUUUCCGGUGAGGGAACACCCCUUGGCCCCUAGGAGUUGGCUCCUUUGUUUUCUGGCUAGAAUGUUUCCUUGAACUUCAUAACGCCUCUUGCCUGCCAGGAAAGAGAAGGACUUGUAUCAAAAACCCCAAACUAUUUGAAAGACAGAAUAAAUGUGCCCAUUUCUGAUGCAGGUGGAUUUCAGAAAAAUCAAGACUGUCCUCUUUGCUCAAAGGACUGUUCCGGUAAGGACAGUGACACUGCUGUUGGCAGGAGAUCAACGCUGGCAUUGAUUUGCCAUCCCUGAUAACUUGGGCUCUCUGAAUCACGAGGGAUUAAACACACCAAAGUAUUUUGUGUGGGAGGACAAGCUUCACAAAAAUGAAGAUGUGUUGCAAGAGCAGUCAGUGUCUGUCGUAAGGAAGGGCGCUUGGCCUUCAGAGGCUAUGGAAAUCACAUGCACCUCUUCCCUCUGGAGGAGGGGUUGGGGAAAUCCACACACCUCCACAUACACUCCACCCUGUGUGAACAAACAACCGCAGCAAUCAGUAAUGCAAGAAAGCCUGCAAUCUCUGAACAGAUUACUAAAUUACUUUUUUUCUUCUCAAUUGAAAGCAAUGUGGGUUGGCUGAGGAUGUUCUCUUGCACAUGCUGUAGACUGCACUAAAGCCACUUGGCAUCGGCUAAGGUGAGGUCCCUACCUCUGUACUUCUGGGUUGGAGGGAAAUGGCAUUUGGUGGAACUCUGUGGAUGCUGAUAUUAUAUAUGAUCAUUUUCAUUCACUUCUUGCUGUUUGCACGGGGAGUUUAUUAUCAUUUUACAAGGACCCACAUUCCUCCAGGAAUCACCCAUGGCCGAAAAUUACUAUUUUACAGUUUUGCAAUGGGAUAUUUCCUUGAACUGGGAGUGUUUCUGGAAAAACUGGGCAUUUGCCAUAGAUAUUUCAUCUUGAGGACUGUGUACGAUGCCAUACCAACAAGGAAGGACUCAAAGUUGAUUAGAAAGGACCUGGUUUUUGAUGGGGUGCCCGUGAGGGUGUACUGGCCCAAGACAUCACCUGCUGGGAACAGGAGAGGAAUCAUCUUUCUUCAUGGAGGCGCUGGACUCAUUGGAAGCAUCCAAGCCUCUGAAAAGGUCUGCUGUUCCUUUGUCCACGAAAGUGAUUCAGUGGUUGUGAGUGUCGGAUUUCGUUUAGCACCUGAACAUCCCUAUCCAGUCCCUGUACUGGACUGUUUAACUGCUACAAUACACUUUCUGAAGAAUGCCAAGGAAUAUGGAGUGGACCCCAACUGCAUUGCCAUUGUAGGGGAGAGUAGCGGAGGCACUUUUGCUGCAGCUGUUUGCCAAGAACUGGUGACCAGGAGGGACCUCCCAAGGCUGCAAGCUCAGGUCCUCAUCAACCCAUUCCUACAAACAGGGGACUUUGAUUUGCCAUCCUAUCAGCAAAACCAAUCAGUUCCUCCAUUGUUCAGAAAACGAACUAUCAAAUUUGGUGUGAGACAUCUCACUGGGAAGGACAUGAACGUGGACACGGUGAUAAAAGGUGCCCAUGUCCCUCCUGAUUUGCGGGAGAAAUACCGAAAAUGGAUCAGUGCUGAUAACAUUGCAGAAGAAUUUAAGGCUAGGGGCUAUGUCCCUCACGCUCCUGCCCUAUUUUCAGAAGAACUCUAUGAACAAGUUAAAAGAGGUGGUGAGACAAUGUUUGCUCCCCUUGUAGCAGAGGACGACAUAAUCCGCCAGCUCCCAGAGACUUUCAUUCAAACCAGUGAGUAUGAUGUUCUCCGGGAUGACGGACUGUUGUACAAGAAGCGGUUAGAGGACAACGGUGUGCCAGUGACAUAUCAUCAUCUUUCAGAUGCAUGCCAUGCAACGAUCGCCUAUUUGGGUUGGGGGCCACUUGAAUUUCCGAGCUCAAAGAAAUCUUUGCAGGAUGUGGUACAGUUCUUAAAAGGUUUAUAUAAAUGAAUGACCAGCCUCUCUCCAUCAUCCUGACCAGCACUUCACCCAGCGACAGCACAAGCAGCGGGUCAGGGGGAAGCGGAAUGGAGGAGGGAAGGCUUAGCGAGGCAUCAGAGCUCUGGCAACGCUCUGGCCAACAAGUGGAGGAGGGAUGGCUCAGGGAGACGUCGGAGCCCAGGCACUGCCCCAGCCGGCCAGGGGAAGAAGGGGCACCGCUCCUUCCGGCGCCCAAAUUGAGGUGCGCGCCCAAACGCAGGGCGAAGGGUGCCCAGGUUAUUAUGCUGGCCCUGAAGUCCACGGGCGCCAUUGCCGGGUUCUGAGAGUGACUAGGAGGUCAUGCUUUCUGCACU